AUGUCGGCUCCUUCAGGUAUCAAAGUUCCCCCUUCACUCUCGUCCGCUUUCUCAAAUGCUAUCAACGACGCAGGGGAUAUCCGAGCGUUAGUAUUUACGAUUGAAGGGGAAUCUUUCAAUCACUUGUCCACCGUUCAGCCCAAAUCAACUUACAAGGACGAUAUCUCACUUUUGAAGGACACAUUACCGUCUCCGAAGACUCCAGCGAGUUUCGCCUACAGGCUAGACACGAAGGUUGCUGGAAAGUACGAAUGGAUGAUGAUCACUUUCGUUCCUGAUGAUGCUGGCGUUCGAGCGAAGAUGCUUCAAGCUUCAUCAAGAUCAGGACUCCUCAAAGCACUCGGAGCAAACAAUUUCAAACAUGAUUGGUUUGCUACGUCCAUAAAAGACCUUACAUCAUCAGCUUUGACUGCACACCUGAAUCAUCUCGCUUCACCUCCACCGCUAUCAGCUUCCGAAGCUGCUUUGGCUGAAGUCAGAGAAGCAGAAGCUGCAGAAGCUAAACGUGCGGCAUUAGAUCCUGAAACAGAAGCCAGACGAAGAAAGGUAGUCGUUGGAUUGGGCGGAAAGACGGUUUGGGCAGAUGGCGUUGAUCAAGCAUUGAAAAAAGUUGCAGAAAGAAGUGACGAUGGUUGGGCGGUCAUACUCGAAAUUUCUUCCUCGCAACCUGCGUCGAUCGGACUUGUGUUAUCAGAAUCGACUACACCAUCACAAUUAGCGGCUAAGAUUCCACCCAAAUCGCCUUCAUACGUUUUUUACUCUUAUCCAACCCCUCCAUCUGCGGUCCCUGCCUUGAAAUCAGCUACCAAAUUGGCCGAGCAAAGAAACACUUUCCAAGCUACUCAAGGUGGUGUCCGAGUCGUCCCUGUCUCAGCAGCUCAAGAGGGAGAAGAGGCCAAACCAGAAGGCGACAAUGAAGGAGCAACGAAGUCAGAUGUAACUUCUCCGAUAGAGGAAGAGAAAGGUGGUAAAGGAAGAGUAUUCUUCAUUUAUUGUUGUCCAUCAUCCAGUCCUGUUAAAUUCAGGAUGAUCUACUCUACUAGUGUCAGGAGUAUCCAACAAGAUGCCAUUGACAAAGCUGGCGUCGAGAUUGUCGGUAAACUCGAAACAUCUGAUCCAAAUGAUUUGACUGAGUCGCAUUUGAAAUCAUCCUUACCCCCAACCAAACCUACCCACUCGACCUCUUUACCUACUCAUUCAGCCAGCAACACAGGCACAUCAACACCUUUUGGAAACAACACUUCAUCUUCAGCAGCUCCAUUUGGUGCUCCCAUUGGAGGUGCCUUUGGUAGACCAAGACCUGUAAAUUUACCCGUCAAAUCUGCUACGCAAAUUCCUUUACCUGCAAGUGGAGCUGCAACCCCUUCAAACGAGGAAGAUGGCGAUGGCAAAGAUGGUAUCAGAAAAGCUUUUGACGCGUUUGGUCCAAGAGUCAACUCACCCGGUGGAGGCGGAGGAGGUUUCGCUAGACCCAGACCUGCGGGAAGGAGAUAA